AUGGCAGUGACAGUUAGAGACUUUCAGCUGGAGAUCUGCAAAGAAAACACACGGGUGUGUGUCACCACCCCUGCAGACUGUGACCCUCGCCCACCCUCGUCCACACAGAGUACUCUGAACAUGUUGUGUUACUACCAAAAGUCUCCAGGCAGACAAAGAUCCAUGACAUGUGAGUGGAGUCUAGACUCAAACAGCGACACUGAGACUACCGCCUCCCUGAUUUUCAGCAGGGACCACGAAAUUAUAUCCUGUCGGGGCAUCUUCAACUCAGCAUCCGUUGUCAAUGUGACAGCAAGGAUUAAAAACCACAUGACAGAGAUCUGGUCUGAGCCUCGCAGUAUCUUUCUUUUUGAAGCAGUCAAGCCCCCUACACCUGUAUUAACUGUGCUCGGCUCUACUGAGGACUCACUUGUCGUGUCUUGGACAAGCAGCGGUGAUGGCAGAUGUCAGCUUCGUUACAGACUCGACAGCGAGGACAUAUGGACCCAGGUUCCAGAUUUAUCUGCAAACCUGAUGUUGAAUUACACCAUCAAAGGCCUCCUGCCGUUUACAGUCUACAGAGCUGCUGUGGCCUGCAGGGAACAGAUCUUCUGGAGUAACUGGAGCUCUGAAAUCAGAGGAAGAACACUGGACAGAGUUCCUUCCAGGCCACCAGAGGUGUUUUACAGACUGGAGAAAAAAGGUGGAUCUCUGGAAGUUCAUCUCAUUAUGUUGAAGGCUCCUGAGUCUCUUGAAACUGAAGGUCGAAUCCUUGGAUACCAGAUGAGCUAUAAAGAAGGUGGACUGAUUCAAAACACCACUGAUGUGACACGCCUAGUGGUGGAGGAGGGGAACUGCAGCAUCGCAGUCAGAGCCUUCAACACAGCUGGCUACGGCCCUGCUGCCCAUCUCAGCUUCAGCACACAAAGACAGAAGACGCUGGUUAUGACAUCUCUUCCCUCUGUCAGAAACAUGUGGAUUUCCACCUCUUACCCAGGAAAAAAAGAGCUUCUGGUCCAGUGGAAGAUCCCCAUCAACCAAGGUCACACCCUGCCUGUCAGUUAUUUCCUGAUUCAGUGGCACCCUGAGACGAGUCCAUCCACCAGCCACUGGUCUCGAGUUGACGGCUUCAUCACCUCCACCGUCAUACGAGAUGUUCACCCUAAUAAGGAGUACCUGAUCAGUGUGUUUCCUGUUUACAACCAGCAGUAUGGGUCUCGUCAGUCUCUGCCGGCAAGUCUGCAGCACGGAGCUUUGAUGGAGGUGGUCAAUCUGAGUGUCAGUGUGACUAAGACAUCAGUGACCAUUAUGUGGGAGUGGCAGAGGAAGUCUGAGCCAGUCAGAGUGAGCAGAUAUGAAGCAGUUCUGAGGAAAGACUCAGACAAACAAUCUUUACCUUUGUGGCCAGAUGACCAGCAGCACACUUUCUAUGACCUGAUGCCCAACACUCAGUAUUCUGUUACGCUGUUGGCUGAUAAUGUUUCUAAAAGCAUCGUUCAAAUGACGACAGAUUUCGAUGAUGUAACGGUGGUGGCUACAGCGAUUCCUCUGCUGCUGGUUGUUGUCACUGUGUUAAUCCUCUCCAUCCUGUCCAGGAAUCUGUACAAGUCGUACUUCUUCCCGCUAAUCUCUAGCCCUCGACUAAGCAAAACAGGCCAGUGGCUGAUGGACCCGAACCACGAGAAAUUUGCAGAGAGGAGCAUCCUUAAUAUUGAAGACUUCCAGGUGACUGAUGCCCUCAGAGACAAAAGUCUCAUCAUAGUUGAGCGAUCCUCUCAGCUCUUACCAGAUGAUGACCAGCGUGAGGAUACCUCUCUGCUGUUGAUUGGCUGCCUCACUCUAGACUCUGAGUAUGUUUCUUAUAGUGCACAACCCACAGAGAACCAGUCCCGUCCUCCUAUCAAGGUUUUCAUAUCAGAGGAAAAUCAAGAGGCUGCCGGCGCUCCGCUACACGAAACCAAGCUCUGGCUUCCUCAGAGCGACAAGGACAGAAAUCAGGCUGACAUCUCCGAGAUAUCACAUCAGACCGACGCUGCUGUGAGAAGUCGCUUUCCUGGUUUGUUGACUGAAAGUCAGCCUGUUUAUCCGAUGACCUGUGAGACAGAGUACGCGUUGAAUUGGGGCAGGCGGAGUGACUGCUCUUGUCUGAUCUGUGAUGCAGGUUACAUUUCUAACAGUGGCACAGGGUGAAAACACAUUGAGAGACUCAGCAACUUCAGCAACAAAUGAGCUCAGAUGUGGCCCAAAGGUUUAUUACAGCAAGGAAAACAAUGGCCUGUCUUGUGGCGCAGACUCAUCGGGUCUGCAUUUUUGCUUUUUUUUGGUAUUUUUGUAUAAAGAAAAUAUGGAAAGUUCCUGU